AUGCUUAGCGCAGUUUACUCGCUGUACUCUUUGUGGUGUUUUUUUCCUUUUCAAUUGCAGCAACAGUUAAUCGACUUUGAAAAGUCAGAGAAGUUAGCCACGCUUCGCGAGAAGCUAUUCAGUGUGCAUGGGGAAUGGCCUCCUGAAAGAAGGCUUGCAGAUUCUGAAGCUUUACGUGCCGCUCUCGCUGCUGAGGAAUACUUUUUGUUACACAAAGUAUAUCCAGACGAAACCUCCCUAUGUGCCGAUACUGCUUCUGAUCACAGUGUCUCAAUGAAAGAAGGUGAUGCGGUGGUAAAAGAUAUUAAAACUCCCAUUCAUCGCCUGAAUUCUUCCUUCUAUACUGUGCACUGUCAAGGAAAACCUAUACAAUUGAGUGAAUUUUUAUCCACCCGUGCUCCUCCGCCAGUCGAUGAACCGCCAAACGACGAGUCGUCUUCCUCAUCACAAUAAAGCCACUGCACUACAAAUGCUCACUUCAGCUUCGACACGAUUUUCCUCGAAUAGGGGCACUUCAUCUCCCUGCAUUUUUCUAUUUUUUACUUCCCAUCCUUUUCUUCACACCAUUAAAUCUGUGAUCUUACUUGCACUGAAUUGCCAUCUUGUUUACGGCAACGUUUGAAUCCAUUGUUUCCUUCUCCCAAGAUAUACUUCUGUGACGCGCGCUUUAUUUGUGCAUUUAUCCUCAAGACACACCAGCUGAAAUGCAUAUCAACAUCGCUUCUUCCUCCUGCUAGGCAGGCUACGCAACCGGACAGUCUUGCCGCUCGCUCAUUAAAACUUUUGAUCCUACCUGCUCAACCUCAAGCUUACCACAAAUUGAAACUAUUUUUAACAGGCUGGCUUCAGUAGAGCUUUUGAAGUGAACAUUUUUCCAAUAAUUUUGUGCAUUUGAACAUUCAAUUACAAGUAAACAUAGUAUGCGUAUUCUUUAGUAUUAAUACAUCUGUACACCCACCAUUUGCAACAAUCAGACGGUACUAAACAAAUUCCUUCGGCAACUAUCAUACUUCAUCCAUAUAGCGAAAAAUUCCACGUGCUUUCUUCCCGCUGCAAACCUGAGUACACAUUUUACAUGUUUGUACGAAAAUCGAACUUCCUUGUGAGUUGGUUUUGGUGUUAGACCCUCCACAGGUUUGGUAAUCUUGAC